AUGGAGACUGAAGGCGAACCAAAACAUCUCGACAAGAUUCUUAUCAAGAAUCUCGUGCUCAAGAACGUCACCGGUGUGGAUUCAUGGCAACGGCUAAAGUCGCAACCCGUGGUGAUCAGCGUGUGGCUCUACACUGACAUUACAGCAGCUGGCAACUCUGACCAUGUGACGAACUCGAUCCAUUAUGGCCAUGUUACCAAGGCGAUUACCAAGUUGGCCGAGACAAGCACCUUCAAGUCGAUUGAGGCUUUGGGUCAUGCUAUCUUGCGUUUAUGCUGUGUCGACUUUAAGGCUGAGCGUACCGCUGUGCGUGUGGAACAACCCAAGGCAUUAUUACAUGCGGCUGCUGCAGGCGUGCAAUUAAGCCGUACGCGUGCUGAUUUCGAGUCGAUUCAAGAGAACGGUGAAACAGUGGGCGAUGUAUCUGGAUUGGGCGUGGAUGAUAUGGUGUUCGUUAAGGAUCUUCGAUUGUCGACCAUUAUUGGUGUGAACCCGUGGGAACGUGAGGAGAAGCAAGUUGUGCUUAUCAACUUGACGGUGUAUCCAUCCAAGAUCCUGUUUUCUGAUACGGAGGCCAAUAAGAGCUACCACAUGCGAACCAUGGUACGCACAUUGACUCGUCACAUUGAAUCAUCUGGAUACAAGACCGUGGAAGCAUUUGCUGUCACUGUUGCACGUAUUGCUUUGGAAAAAUGCCAUGUCAACAAGAUUCGUGUGCGUCUCGAGAAGCCAAGCGCCAUUUUAUUUGCGGAUGCGUCUGGUAUUGAAGUAACACGUGAUCGACAUUGGUUGAAUCGUAUGCUUGAGGAAGAGAGAAAAUCGCGUCGCACUUUUGCACAUCACGUGGAAGCCGGCAAGGAGAUCCCAGCUGAAUACACACAUACAGCUUAUAUCGCAUUGGGAAGCAACAUGGGCGAUCGCGUAGGCAACCUUUACACUGCACUUGAAAUGCUUGAAAACGAAUGUCAAUCGGUUGUACUCGAUACCAGCUUUUUGUAUGAGACACCACCCAUGUAUUAUACUGAGCAACCCGCUUUCCUCAACGCUGUAUGUAAAAUCGCCACUUGCCUUGAUCCACAUGCAUUGCUUGAACGCCUCAAACAUGUUGAAAGCACCCUUGGUCGCACCGCAAGCUUCCGUAACGCACCACGACCUGUUGAUUUGGAUAUUCUCUUCUACAACGACCUUGUCUUGGAAACGGAGACAUUGACCAUUCCUCAUAUCGGCAUUCAAGAACGUGAAUUUGUGCUAUGGCCUCUUUGUGACAUUGCAAAGGAUAUGGAGCAUCCCAAGUUGUACAAGACAUGUGGUCAAUUGUUGUCACAGCUUCUCAAGGUUGCUGCUGAGCAUGAACAAGGACCUGCCAAGAUUGAUAAGGUGAUCCCUAUCCAGCCUGGUCAGCUGUGGGCAUGGAAACGCAAGACGUAUAUCAUGGGUAUCCUCAACACAACCCCUGACAGCUUCUCUGAUGGUGGCAAUUACAUUGAUAUUGAUCAAGCUGUGGCAGCUGCAGAGCAAAUGAAGGUGGAUGGUGCUGAUAUUAUUGACAUUGGUGGCAUGUCAACUCGUCCUGGAGCUGAUGAUCAAUUCCCUGCUGAGGAAGAAAUUCGUCGUGUGGUCCCUGUUAUCAAAAAGUUGCGUGAACGUGGAUUUGAUCUACCCAUCUCGAUUGAUACUUUCCGUGCCUCUGUUGCUGAGGCUGCUGUGGCAGCAGGUGCCAACUUGAUCAACGACAUUAGCGGUGGUGCACGCGAUCCUGAAAUGUUGGCAGUCAUGGCAAAAUCCAAGGUGCCUGUGUGUCUUAUGCAUAUGCGUGGCGAUGCCAAAACGAUGAUGGCCAAGGAGAAUGUCACUUAUGACAAUGAUGACGUUGUCGAGGAUGUGUCUUUACGUUUGCAACAUCUUGUUCAACAAGCGAUUGCUGCCGGUGUUUGUCGAUGGAAUAUCAUUAUCGAUCCUGGUCUCGGAUUUGCAAAGACAACCAAGCAUGAUAUUGAAAUCUUGCGUCGUUUGCGUGACAUGACUCAUGAUCACGAUUCGCCACUUGAAGGUCUUCCAUCGCUUAUGGGUCCUAGUCGCAAAAAGUUCAUUGGCAAUCUCACUGGUGUCUCUGAAGCCAAGGAUCGAACUUAUGGUACUGCUGCUGCUGUUGCUGCAAGUAUUGCUGGUGGAGCGAAUAUUAUGCGUGUCCAUGAUGUGCGUCCUAUGUGGGAAGUUACCCAAGUAUGCGACUCUGUUUGGAAACAAGAUGUAUGA